AUGGUUUUCGCCAUCCGGUCCGCCGCGAUGCGGGCUGUGCGGGCGCUGCACCACGUCGGGGCGCUGGCCGUCUUUCUCGGCCUGCUGAGCGUCGUGGCCGCAGGGUCCCCGGCUGCCACAAACGACGUGUUCGCGCGCCGCCGCGCCCUCGCGACGCGCGCCGCCGAGCAGCAGUCCGACCGGCUGCGCCGGCUCGGCUUUGCUGGCGAGGACGCCGUCACCCUCAUGGCCGGCAUGCACCCACACCUCAGCCCCACGCGCCGCUACGCUGGCGUGCUGGAGCCGGUGGGCGGCGACAGCGAGGCGGUGUACGACUUCCGGACGACGGUGGCGGCGACGGGCCGCACGGCGCACCUCAAGCGGACGUACCGCGCGCAGCCGGGCGCGCACAUUCUGGAGGCGUGGCCGGAGGGGAGCGUGAGCGUGGUGCGGUGCUCGCUGUCGCCGGUGGAGGGCGGGGCGGGGACGCUGGCGCUGGCGAUGGACGACCUGGGGCGCGCGGACGAGUGGGGCGUGGGCACUGGGCUGGUGUCCGUGAGUGGUCUGGGCUGCCCCGACGCCGAGGGCGACGACGAGCACCAGCCGGGCUUCGCGCAGCGCAUCACGUCGCUGCGCGUGUCGGGCGGCGUGCUGGAGGUCGCCACCGAGACUGUCGCGCCUGAGACGCUGAUGGUGGGCGUGACGGAGAGCUUCGAGACGGCGCCCGGGGCGCCGGAGGUCGUGAUGCGCGCGCACUAUGCGGGCCCCGAGUACGGCGUGCUGGACGGCAACAAGUGCGACAUCGAGCCCGUCGGCACGGCCGCGGUGGACGCCGACGCGGCGGCGACGCUGGAGGACGACCUGGCCGCUCGCGUGUACCUGUACGCGACGGAGAUGAACCUGGACGCGCUAGAGGCUGCCAUGGGUGGGCAGUACGGCAUGGCGCUGGAGACGCGCGUGCACGGCGGCGCGCUGGAGCAGCACUCGCUGGCGUGCGCGGGCGUGGGCGGCGGCUCGCGCGUGUACCGUCAGAUGCCGCUGGGCGACCUGCGUGAGGCCGACGCGAGCAUGUGGGUGAACCUGGGGCGCGAGGGGGAGGAGUUUUUCUUCGAGGGCGUGGUGGCGCGGGCGAUCGUGUCGGCGUCGCAGUUUGACGAGGCGGGCUUCUACACGCUGACGAUGGGGAGCGAGCAGCACCCGGGGCUGGGCGAGGUGGUGCUGUACUGUCCGCGGUGCGGGGAGCUGGCGACGAGGACGCUGGUGCGGGGCAGGCGCGCGCAGACCAGCAGGAUUGAGGAGUGUGGUGGUCUCUUCGAUGCUGCCUGCAUUGUCAGCGACCAGAACCUCGGCUCCGUGGAGUACCGCGACACGAUCUACCUGGUGGGCAACAGAUUCUCCGCUGUGGGCAUCUCGCUGGACAACGUGCACGUGGGCGUCAGCGACGUGGUGCUGCGCUACAAGAUGAACUACGACGCGCCCUUGACCUUGUUCAGUUCGUCCUAUAUCGAGGCCCUGGCUGAGGUGUCGGGGUCGUAUGAGUGGGGCUGGGGCAUCAAGUACUGGGCUCGGGCUGGGGGGCGGCUUCAGCGCGACAGACCCUGGGAACUGGGGAUCGGCGAUGUCGGCAUCGACGCUUUCUUCGGCUUCGCUGGCUACGGCAUGGGGGUAUUCAUUGGUGUCAAGCUGUCGUUCGCCACCCUCUUCGACAUGAGCAUUGGAGGCGCCAGCAUCCAGGGCGGUACGGGCUCGGACUCGACGCAGCCGUUCACGUACUUCGUCAGGUGGGACUCAGACAACGGGCUCGACUACGCGCGCGAGAUCGGCAGCACCACGACUACGGACCGCGAGUACAGCGACAACAAGUACACCGACCGCGCGACCAUCGACGCGGCCCUCACGUUCCGGCCGAUCGUGCGCGCCGGUCUCUUCUUCAACGACGCUCUCGAGGUCACCAGUACCUCGUGGGGCGCCGCGUACCUCGAGGCGUUUAUCGACGUGGUGUUCCGCGCCUUCAUCACGCUGGAUUUCAACGGACUGCCGGCCUCGAACACGCCGCCAGCAGGAAUCCUGACGGGGACUCCCAAGUUCACGCUCGGGAACUGCGGCGUUCCGUACCACAUCGACGUGCAAGCGACCAUCACGGUGUACCCGCUGCGGUUUUUCGUGUUCUACGAGUUCGACUUUCCCCUUUUCUCUUUGUUCGGGGGGCGGCUGCCGUCUUCGGGAUACUACGAGGCGUUCACGCGCGGUUUCGAUGCUGACGGCAGAGCCACGAUGUUCGGGCCCUUCAACGUCCUGCGGGCCUGCCUGAUUCCGGUGUCUUCCAGUAAUCCCCCGCUGUUCUUCCCCACGACACUCCUGGAGUUGGACGUGUGGCAAAAUACGGGAUUUUCGUACGGCAGCUGCCUGACUUCCUCCGCGAAGGACGCGCUCACGGCCCGGCUGGCGUCGAUUGCCGGUGUCGAUGCGGCAGAUGUCGUG